UUUAUCAAUUCGCUCUCUUCCCAGUUUCAUUGAUCGACUGAACAAAUCAACAAACUAAUGGUAAACCAGUGAAAUGUGUUGCCUUGAAGCAAUUUAUUUACGUUGAAUUGCUUCCAAAUGUGAAAUUAACAUUAACAGGUGGCUAAAAAAUGGAAUACUGUUGGUUAUGUUGCGUUUUACUUUUGUGUGUUAACUUUAAUUUCUCUGUUUCCGUCCAAGGUGAGAAUAUUUUUGAUUUUUCCGAUGAACCGAACAAAAAAGUAAAGCACACAAUCACGAACUACUCCGAAAACAUUCAACAUGACUACGAUUGGUCGUGUGAUUGUGGCUAUGACUCCUAUGGGUGUAGUCGGAAAAAUGGGGAAAAAACGUGUUUCUGCAAACCAGGUUUCGCUCAAGACAAGAACAAAUGUGAAAAAUGCAACUGUGGAUUCAACUCUAUAGGAUGCAGUUUUAUAAAUGGUGAAAAAAUCUGUGAUUGCAUAAUAGGUUACGGUAACAACGAUGGCAUAUGUCAAAUUUGUGAUUGUGGAGAUGAAACUAUAGAUUGUACUUUUGAGAGAUUUGAAAAAACUUGUCGCUGCUAUCAGGGGACUGCUCAAAUACACGGCAAAUGUAAAGAAUGCAACUCUGGACGGGGCAGCAGAAAUUGCUCUUUUGAUUUUCAAACUGGCAAAAAAAUAUGUUCAUGUUCUGAGGAUUAUAAGCAAAACCAUGAAGGUGAAUGUGAAGAGUGUGAUUGUGGAUAUGAUUCCAAAAGUUGUGAGUUUGAAGGCAAUGAAAAGAAGUGCAUUUGUAAAUAUAAAUACAUAUAUGUAGUUUCUAGCGGCAAAUGCGAAAGAUGUGAUUGUGGGCCGAUGGCAACUUCUUGUGAACUCACCUUCGACAAGUAUACUAGAUGCAAAUGUUAUUCUGGUUAUGUUGCUGAGAGAAACAAAUGGGAAAUGGAUGAAUUUUGCAAAAUUCCUUUUCCUUCUGGUUGGAGAGUCGCCACCUAUAUUGUAUCUGUAUUUUUUGGAAUCAUCAUUGUCGUCUGUGCGUUACUCAUUUGCUGUAAAAGAUGUCAAACUGAUUCAUGAUUCAACUGUGGAAUAUCGAGUAAAUAGCUUUGGUUUUAAAAUUAGUGUUAUAUAUUGGGUUGGCAUGACAUCAAUUUUGUGAAAUAAAGCUUAAAUAAGCUUGAUAAGCUUGUGAAAUAAAGCUUAAACUUAAAGCUUGCAAAAAAUGAACUUUAAUCAGCCAAAUAUCUCCAAUUUUGUUCAUAUGUAUGCUGUUAAUAUAUAUAUACCGCCAUUUAUAUAGACACUUCAUGAUUUAAUAUUGAUUUCAGCAAAAUGGGCCAUUGCUAACAAAAAACUCAAUCAAUUGCUGUAGGAGACAAAUAUUAUUACUUAAAACUUUACUAUUUGAAUGUUUUUAAGUAAUUGAUAAUCCGAAAGGUCGAAUCUUACGCGAUCGCAGCACUACUUCUCCUCAACAAAGCUAUAAUAAUUUUGUACUACUUGCAAAAGAUGUGUGAUGCUUCUCAUAUAGUAUAUAUAUAUAUACAAUAAAAACAUAAAGACAAAAAAGAUUAAAAAAGAAGCAGAGAAAAACGAAGAAAAUGAAGAAAAUUAAUAAGUUUUCUUUUUAUUAAUCUUUAUUAUUUUCCACGUUUCUCUAUAUUAUUAACUUAUAUAAAAUUAACUUAAUAAAAUACAAUUAGUUUGUUAAUCAAACAUACACACACCACAGAGAGAUAAAAAGUAGAAUUUGAACUAGGCUAAACAUAACAGAAAUGAAUAAAAAUUAAAUAUUACGGAAUUCUUUUAUGCUUUGUAACAGUUAAUUUCUGCUUAUAUGAAAUGCUCAGCAAAAUGCAAGUGAUAACAAACUUUGACCUUCUCGUGCUUUGUUGUAAACAAUCUACCAUACGCCAAAAUUAGUGAAAAAAUUUCUUGAAAUGGAGUAAAUGCAUAUGGUUUGAUGUAAGCUUCCUUAAUUGUUUAUGUUCAGAAUUAACUAUCUAUACCCUUUAAGGUGUGUAUGGAGGCUUGAAUAGGUAAUGAUUCGAAAUAAAUUAUUUUUUCAUGCAAUUUUUAAAGUUUUUCAAAAUUUAUAUUGGAUCCCAUUCUUAACAAUGACAAAAUAAAGAUUAUAAUAAAAAAAAUCUGAUUGACAAAUACUAACUGAUUAACCCUAACUAAUUAACAGAUGCUACUUUCUUAUUGUAACGAAGUAUUGUUAUGUAUUUUUCAGAUUUAUCAUAAUGUCUACAAAAUAGAAAAGGGAAAUAAAUAAAAUACAAAUAAAUUAAUAAAAAAAAUCUAACACAAAAAUAAUGAAAAAAUAAAAAAAAAUUUAAGAAAAAAACUAAUAUUUAUAUGUAUAUUAUAGGCUCCUGAUCAAUUGGACCAAAAGCGAUAAAAUUCGAUAUUCAGAUAGUUCGAACACACGGAAGGUCACUGUCGACAUUAGAACUUUCUCUGACAAAUCGUUCGAGCGAGAUGAGCGAAAAAUGAAAUGGAAUUUUCUGAUUUCUUCAGCGUCAGCCAUUGUUUUAAAUUUAACUAUAAACAAUCUAAGUUUUCAAGCAUUUUAAAGAUAACAUCAGUGUAAGAUACAGGGGGGUGGACAAAAUAAUGGAAACACUUCUAUACCAAUACAUUUUUUCAUAAUUCUCCUGAAAUAAUUAGAGAAUCACUCUGCAACUGCAGAAGAUUAAAUAAAUAAAUUAUAUGUUAUAUAUGAAUUGCAUAUUAAUUUUACUUGUAGAAUAAAAUGAAAAAUAUAUACUAUUGCAAAUAAAAAUGGCAUAACCUUGAUUCUCUAAACUAUUAUAAAAAUUUUAUGUUUUUAAUCAUGAAUUCACAUUGAUUCAUAUAAAAAAUUAGAUCAAGAAAUCAAGAGAUGUUCACAAAAUUUAUAUCUUACAUUACCAGGCAUGACCUUUUCCGAAAUGUUUGUCUAGAUUUAAAAUAAUCAAAGAAAAAUUUUGGAGCAUUGGUAGCUCAGUUCACAUUCAUUCUUUCUUUACAAUAUUGGUUAAUAAGAGAAGUAAGCGUUCAAAACAUUGCUCAUUUUCAAAAUUGUUUGCUGGCAUCUUCAACCCAGAGACUCAUUAGAGUAAAAAUUUCAUGACCAUUGAGAUCUUUCUUUUAUAGGAUGAGUAUUUUUAAACGUAUGAUAAUUUGGAACAAUUGAGUAAUUUUUUUGUGUAAUUGUAGAGCAAUUUUUAUACUUAAUAGUAAUAAGUAAAAAGCCCAUGCUGAAAAUUGUA